AUGACAGUCAAUUGGCUGAACACAAUGAGAAAUUCGUUUGCUGGAUUUUCCUCAACCCAGGAUACCAUUACAGCCAUGGAAGCGUUGUAUGCAUACACUCUGAAAGACACAAACCGCAAUGAGUUCGAUAUGACGGUGACUUUAGAGGCCACAAGCACACCAAACUGGCAGAGGGUAGGAAGACUGCUGAAAGAGGAUUUCACACACCUGCACAGGUCUUAUCUUCCAAAUGAAGGUGUCUAUGGCUAUAUUAUUCCCACUGCUCAAGGUGUUGGACGCGCCAUGCUACAGUUGACAGUCACAUCUAAUGUAGAGUAUAAACACCUGAUGAAGACCCAGCAGCGUUAUGACAACCUACCAGAAUCCGACCCCAUACCUUUCUUUGAUCUGACAGUGGAGCCUUUAUGGGGUGGCCGUAACGACUCCAUCAUGCGUAUGCAUGCUUGUGUCAGUUGGCUGUACACGACACGGAGUCUUACCUCGGGUCUGGCUGUGCUAGAAGUGGAGACACCCACUGGUUACGUGGUCAUGAAUGACACUCUGAGAGAUUAUGUGCGCUCCAGGGCGGUGCGCAACCUGAGGAGGGCUGAAUUUUAUGGAAAUAAAGUGGUUUUCUAUUUUGAUUAUCUGGAUGAGAGUAGCACGUGUGUGGAUUUCCGAGCUGAUCGCUGGUAUCCUGUGGCAAAUAUGUCCAGGGAUCACAGAAUGAGGGUCUAUGAUUACUAUGAGCCAGGUAUGCACAACACAACGCUGUACACAGUCGAGAACCUCUUUAGGAUGAGCGUCUGCUUCGUAUGUGGUUCCUACCAGUGCCCCUAUUGCCCCAACUUUAACACAGCAGCAAUUCUGGGAGCUGGGACUCCCUGGAAUCUGCUGCCCAUCAUGGUGCUCAUGCUGCUGAGUCUGCUGCUACAGCACAGGUAG